ACUAAUUGUGUAAGUGCGCAGGAUUGCUAUAUGUGUACUGCUACACCGCAUGCAUGGUAAAGCAUAAAUGAUUUUUUAUUCAAGGUCAUGGAUUAUUGUGAGAGGCUGUCAUCACUUUGAGAGGUUACCAAUUCUAAGAGGUGGUGCAUACGCUGAAGCCACGUGGUGUCGCAGUCAACAAUUGUGCAAUUGUAAACUGACGUAGUGCAAGCGAAUUAACAGCACGGCGACGUAACAGUGAAACAAUAAAAGGGAGCAUAUCGAUUGCUAUCGAAACUGACGUAGAACAGAAAGUAGGCCGCACUCAAAAGUGUUAGACAAACGGAGUUAUAAAUACGCAACGUAACUUGGCGGAGUUGCACUUACUUUUGUAAAUUGAGAUGUCGUCGUUUGCACCGGAAUCUAAAGGAGUGGGCAGCGAUUCAGACGCCAGCAGCUAUGACGCUGAAGAUGCGGUUUUCUUUCCAGGGAUCGACAAGAUAGGGUUCAAUUCUAGCGCCGGCCACGGUGAAACCAUGGUUUACCGACAGUAUAACCCUUCCGAGGUUGUUCUUGGCCGAACCAUGGAAGAAUGGCUGCGUUUUUCCGUUUGCUUCUGGCACACAUUCCGGGGAACAGGAGCGGAUCCGUUCGGCUUCCCGACACUGACGCGGCCGUGGGAUGACGGCUCCAACACGUUGGCGAAUGCACGUCGCCGGCUAAGGGCAGCGUUCGAAUUCUUCACGAAACUUGGUGUUAAAUAUUGGACCUUCCAUGACAGAGACAUUUCUCCCGAGGGUGCCACACUCGAGGAAACGAACAAGAAUCUGGAUGAGAUGGCUGACCUAGCCCUCAAACUGCAGAACAAAACAGGGGUUAAGCUCCUCUGGGGAACAUCCAACCUCUUUGCAAAUCCAAUGUACAUGAAUGGCGCUGCCAGCAAUCCGGAUGCCCAUAUCUUUGCUUACGCCGCGGCGCAGGUGAAGAAAUGCAUGGAAGUUGCGAUGCGGUUGGGGGCGCAAAACUUCGUGUUCUGGGGUGGCAGAGAGGGAUACCACACUCUGUUGAACACGGACGUCCGCAUGGAACAGAACCACCUCGCUGCCUUCUUCAGAAUGGCUGCAGCUUACAAGAAGAAGAUUGGGUUCACGGGCAAUCUACUCAUCGAGCCGAAACCAAAGGAGCCAGCGAAGCAUCAAUAUGACUACGAUGCGAUGACCGUGAUUGCGUUCUUGAAAACAUACGGACUUGACAAAGAAUACAAGUUGAACAUUGAACCAAACCACACCACACUGGCAGGUCACGGAUACGAACACGAUGUCGUUAUGGCCUCAGCGUUCGGGCUUCUAGGCUCGGUAGAUUCCAACACGGGCUCACCAGACCUUGGCUGGGACACCGACCAGUUCCCUAUGGAUGUUAAGAAUUCCACACAAGUCAUGCGGGUGAUCAUCGAGCAAGGCGGCCUAGCUCCCGGUGGCCUCAAUUUUGACUGCAAGGUGCGCAGGGAGUCAACCGAACUAAGGGAUAUGUUCACCGCGCAUAUAGGGGCCAUGGACACAUUCGCUAAGGCGCUGAAAGUGGCUGCUGCCAUGAAGAAUUCUGGACUCUUCGACAAACAAAUUAAGGAGCGGUAUGGCAGCUUUUCUGAAGGAAUUGGGAAGAAAAUAGAUGAGGGCACAACUGACUUCGAGGAACUAGAGGCAUACGUGAUGGGCAAAGGCGAUCCGGUAGCGGCUUCCGGACGCCAGGAACAUUAUGAGACCAUGUUCAACACCUUCCUGUAGCCAAUGGAAUUUAGUGAAAUUCUACGUGUAGGAGCGCAUUCUUUCAUUUUAAGACUUGGUUUUGUUUCUUUAAUUACUUGUGAAAUGAAAAAUAAAUGAGACGCUAUAAUUAUAUUAUUCGUUUAUAUUGAAUAAUUUUAAAGCUAGUCUUAAGUUUUAUUGUUAUAGAUGUUAUUUUACUUGGAACUAUGUAAACUUUUCAAGCCUUACGGCUAAAUGUAUAAAAAAAUCAUAUUA